AUGAGUAAGUAUUUAAGGGAUCCCUGGGUAGCCUUGGGCGCGGGAACUGCCACGGUCACCGCGCUCUACGCGCUUUCAUGUGUGCCAUGGGUCCGCAAAAGGUUAAACGAAUUUGGGCUCUGCGGAGAAGAUCCGCUUUACGACUACCUUGAUUCCCUCAGCAGGAAGGUAGCUUUGACUUUACACAAUAAAUCGCUCAUCGGCGUUGAUGACCUCUCAGUACCACAAAUCCAAUGCAUCUUCGAAAUGGCGGAGUUUUUCAGAAUCCAAAUGAAGAGAAACAGACGCUUCAAAUUCCUGGCCGACAAGGUGAUGACCACGCUGUUCUACGAGCCGAGCACGCGGACCAGGUGCUCCUUCGAGAGCGCAAUGCUGAAGCUGGGAGGGAAGGUGGUGAGCGUCAGCGACGUGACGUCGUCGUCGGUGAAGGGCGAGACUUUGGAGGACUCGGUGCGCGUGCUCUCGUCGUACUGCGACCUUGUCGUGGUCCGCCACCCCGAGAACAACUCGCUCCAGAGAGUGAGGCAUCACUCGCUGGUGCCGCUCAUCAACGCCGGCGACGGCUCGGGCGAGCACCCGACGCAGGCGCUGCUGGACGUGUACACGCUGAGCAUGUACUUCCCGCUCUUCGGGUCCCCUGACAAGGAGUUCACGGUCUGCCUGAUGGGUGACCUGAAGUACGCAAGGACCACGCACUCGCUGGUCAGACUGCUCAGCCGUUUCAACGUGGUUCUGAAGUACGUCGCAGUGCCGUCGCUGCAGAUGCCGACGCAAAUACAGAGGGAAGUAGAGCAGAAUUUCGCAAAAUAUAACAUUCCGGAUUUAGCAUACCCAAGACAAACGAGCUUCAACAAGCUACUGGACGCCUUGGAAAACGUGGAUGCCAUUUACGUAACGAGAGUACAGAGGGAAAGAAUGACCGACGCAGAGUACAAGACAGCCAAGGAUGCAUACAAGUUGGACAAAAGUGUCAUGUCCAAGCUGGCAAAGCACGUAAAGAUUUUACACCCAUUGCCGAGAGUGGAUGAAAUAUCUACUGAAAUUGAUUCAGACGAAAGAUGUGUGUUCUUUCAGCAGGCCAAAAACGGACUAUAUAUACGGAUGGCGCUUCUAUAUUUAAUAUUAAACGGCUCAUAA